AGAAUUGUCGCUCCAAGUUCAGUGGGGCCCUUACGGCCGCCCCCAGGAUGUCCGGCAUGGAUGCCUUCGCCGCGCUGGACGCCAACCACGACGGGGUGAUCUCCCGGGAAGAGUUCGAAGCUGCACAAAGAGGUGUUUCGACGGCUACAAUGCCUGCGAUGGUCACGAGCCUGUCCGGCGCUGGCUACACGCAGGCUUCAGCGUGUGGAGGAGCCUACGCGACAGGGCCCUACGCGGAGCCGAUGGCCAUGGAGCCGAUGGCCAUGGAGGCGCGGAGCGUGCGCAGCGCCUCGCCCGCGCGCUCGCUCACGCCGGUGCGGAACGCCUCGCCGGCGCGGGCAGCGGCGAUGCGCUACGCCCCGUCCACUGGCCCUCGCUCCAUGCAGCUCUCAGCGCGUGGAGGGCUCCCUCCGCCCUCGCCAUCCAUCGGCACCCGGGCGUCGGGCGGCCGGAAGGUGGAGUACCACACCAUUUUGCGGGAGAAGCCCAGCAUCGAGGAGGUGGAGAAGGAGGUGGAGGUGCCGCGGGUGGAGCUGUCUGAGCGGGUGGAGGAGGUGCCAGUGGUACUGGUGCACGAAACCUUGGUGGAGGUGCCGGAGGUCUACAGACAGGAUCUGCUGAUAGAGGUGCCGCGGCCGGAGUAUCAGGAGGUGAUGAAGAAGGUGGAGCGGCCCUGCUACGAGCCCCGGGUGCGGGUCAUGGAGGUGCCCCAAACUUUGAUCGAGGAGACCUACGUUGAGGUGCCGAAGCACGAGCGGGUGCAGAUCAUCAAGCAGGUGCCUAAGCCGGUGGUGAAGAAGGUGACGAAGCACGUGGAGAAGCCCAUUGUCCAGGUUCGGGAGCGCACGCAGCCGGUGUCCACAGUGACCAUGAAGCAGCACAUGGUGGAGGUGCCCCGGCCAGAGUUCGUGGAGCUGAUCAAGCAGGUGCCGGUGAACGAAGUGCAGCAGGUGGAGAAGCAGGUGGAGAAGCCAGAGGUGCAGCUGGUGUCGCAGGAGGUGGAAGUGGUGCUGCCAGCGAUCCACGACAACAUCAUCGAGGUGCCGGAGAUCGAGUACCACGAGGUCAUCAAGGAGGUCCCCAAGGUAGAGAUCCAGUACAUCGACAAGGAGGUGGAGGUUCCACAAAUCGAAUACAUCGAGCGCAUUGUGGAGGUGCCGCAAGUCACGUACGAGGAGCGCAUCAUCGAAGUACCGCAGGUCGAGGUUCGGGAGAUCGUCAAGCAGGUGCCCAAGCCAGUUACCAAGUACGUGGACAAGAAGGUGCCGAAGCACAUCAUGCAGUACUUUGAGAAGGUGCACGAGAUACCUACAGUGGUCCAGCAGGAGGUGGCGGUGGAGGUGCCGCAGGUGCAGAUGGUGGAGAUGAUUACUGAGGUGCCCAAGCCAGAGUACCAGGCCAUACCCAAGGAAGUGCCCAAGUACCACCUGGAGAUCCAAGAGAGGUUAGAGGAGACCUCGGUGGCCGUCCAACAGGAGACUGUUGUGGCAGUGGACCGCGUACAGACAGUGGACGUCAUCCGGCAGGUGCCGAAGCCUAUCGUGGAGCAGGUGGAGAAGCAGGUGCCCUUCUUUGAGACACAAGCCGUGGAGAAGGUGGUGGAGGUGCCGAUGGUCACCCGCCGGGAGGUCAUCACCGAAGUGCCGCAGGUCCAGGUGGCCGAGGCGGUCCGGGAGAUGCCCCAAGAGAUGACGCAGCAGGUGGUGAAGGAGGUACCCAGGUUCGAGAUGGAGUACAUCAACAAGGUCCUGGAAGUGAAGCCCAGCUUUGAGACCCGCGGCGCCGGCGGCGCGAGGGCCGCGUACCAGGAGGUCGGCGCCAUGGCGAGCUCCGUGGCCACGUACGCACCCUCGAUGACAUAUGCGGCCGGCCCUGUUGGUGGUGCCAUGACAUACGCCGCCGGCCCUGUUGCUAGCAAUGCCAUGACAUAUGCGGCUGGUGCUGUUGCUAGCAAUGCCAUGACCUAUGCAACACCCCCGGCCACGAGCAGCAGCGUGACAUACGCGCAAGGCGGUGCCGCAAUGAAUGGCAUGGCUUAUGCAGCAGCCCCUGUUUAUGCGGCCGGCCCCGUUGCUAGCAGCGGCAUGACCUAUGCAACACCCCCGGCCACAGGCAGCAGCGUGACAUAUGCGCAAGGCGGUGCCGCAAUGAAUGGCAUGGCUUAUGCAGCAGCCCCUGUAUAUGCGGCCGGCCCCGUUGCUAGCAGCGGCAUGACCUAUGCAACACCCCCGGCCACAGGCAGCAGCGUGACAUAUGCGCAAGGCGGUGCCGCAAUGAAUGGCAUGGCUUAUGCAGCAGGCCCCGUUGCUAGCAGCGCCAUGACCUAUGCAACACCCCCGGCCACAGGCAGCAGCGUGACAUAUGCGCAAGGCGGUGCCGCAACGAAUGGCAUGGCUUAUGCAGCAGGCCCUGUUGCUAGCAAUGCCAUGACAUAUG